AGACCCUGAGCCGGAAACCGAAAGGUCAGCAUUUUGUUGCAGAACAGUCUCCUUCAGCUCGCCCUCCAAUCGGUGACGCCUGCUCCGGUCGUGUGUUGUGGGGAACAGCUCCAAAAAGUCACUUUAAUAUAACACUAGCAUCUUUUUUAUUUGGUACAAUGGCCGUGCCUCCCACUUAUGCUGAUUUGGGCAAGUCUGCCAAGGAUAUCUUCAACAAAGGCUAUGGAUUUGGCCUGGUGAAGCUUGAUGUCAAGACAAAGUCAGCCAGUGGAGUUGAAUUCAAAACAUCUGGUUCAUCCAACACUGAUACCAGCAAAGUUGCCGGGAGCCUGGAAACCAAAUACAAGCGCCCUGAAUAUGGUUUGACUUUCACUGAGAAGUGGAAUACUGACAACACCUUAGGAACAGAGAUCGUUAUUGAAGAUCAGAUUACAAAAGGACUUAAGUUGACAUUUGACACAACCUUUUCCCCAAACACUGGUAAAAAAAGUGGCAAAGUUAAGAGCGCAUACAAGCGUGAGUACCUCAACUUGGGCUGCGAUGUUGACUUUGACUUCGCUGGCCCCACGAUCCACGGAGCCGCCGUCCUCGGUUAUGAGGGAUGGCUCGCUGGUUACCAGAUGAGCUUCGACACCGCCAAAUCCAGAAUGACCAAGAACAACUUCGCUAUUGGCUAUAAGACAGCAGACUUCCAGCUACACACCAAUGUCAAUGACGGCAAUGAGUUUGCUGGCUCCAUCUACCAGAAGCCCAAUGACAAGCUGGAGACUGCAGUCCAACUGUCUUGGACUGCCGGCAGCAACAGCACAAGCUUUGGCAUUGCUGCAAAAUACCAACUGGACAAAGAUGCCUCCAUCAGCGCUAAAGUUAACAACAAUAGCCUUGUGGGUGUUGGGUACACCCAGACCCUUAGACCAGGUGUAAAGCUGACCCUUUCUGGUCUGAUUGACGGGAAGAGCAUCAACGUAGGAGGCCACAAGCUCGGUCUGGGUUUGGAGCUGGAAGCCUGAACUGUCAUACUGCAAGGGACUAGGGAAUAUCAGAAGAAUCGGGCCUUAACUCCAUUUUCAACUCAAACCAGCAAAGGGAAAUUGCCGUGAGAUCAUGUCAAAGGCUUCUGCAACACAUAUCUGUGCACCACAUCAAGUCGGUGCUGUUUGCAGUCAUGUGUUUUUUUUUUUUUUUUUAUGUAUUGUACCACGUGGACGCUUCAAUUCCAAGUCUAUCAUUGUCAUUUUAUUUAAUAAUAAUCUAUCUAUCCAGUACUGCCAUAAUAAUUUAGUAAUUAAAUCCCUCUGUACAACUAUGUGUGGCUGUAGGAAUAUUCAGGCACUCCAUUGUUGUUCCAUUUGUUUAAACAUAAAUGCAAACCUUUUUUUUUUUCCUAAAGGGUCGUCAUAUUUUGUUCACACCUAAAUUACACUACUUCUGUGUUUGAGUACUGACCAUGCACCCAAGGACCUCAUUGUUGUUCCGUUAUGUUGUUUGAGGCUGGGAUGUUUUAGCAAAGCUAAACAUGUGACCUUCCCCUUAACUUAGCAGUUUUGGGGUUACUUAAAGUGGGAAAGAAACCUGCAUGUUGCAUAUCACCCAAGCAGAGGUUUUGUUUUUAUUAUUAUGCAACACCAGAUAACUGUGGAGCACAAUGUUCAAUGAUGCCAAACUUUAAAUUCUUUGAAGAAAAUGUAAAGUUGCACAGGUGCACUAUAGAAAGCUGUGCUUCUAUUCUAAGUGGAGAACGAUCAUGGGAGAAGUCUUUGAGGUCCCUUUGUUUAUGAAUGGAUUUUCAAUAAAGUCUUUGAAGCUGAACAAA